AUGAUUUCUACACCAAAGUGUUUAGUGCCACCUGGAAUUGAUUAUAAAAAAAUUGAAGUUUUAUGUUAUGAUAUUAAAAGAAAUCAUGAUGGUAAAUAUCAUUUGUUUGAAGAUCAAUGUUCAGAGAGUACAGAAGUAAUAUUAACGCGUUGCCAAGUUGGUUAUGCAAAUAGAAAAUCUAGAAAUAUUAAUGAUUAUUUAAACAAAUGUGUUAAUGGAAAAUGGGAGAAUGAGGGUCGUACAAAUGAUGACUGCGAAUUGAUAUGUGGUCAAAAUCUUGAAUCUAGAACAGAAAAACCAGCUACUAUACCUCUAGUGUAUAAUGGCAAGAAAAUUGAAUCAAAUAAUGUACCGUGGCAUGUUGCAAUCUACAAAAAUAUUUCAUCAAAAUUUGAACAAAUAUGCGGUGGCAGUAUUGUACAUUCAAAUGUUAUUUUAUCAGCAGCACAUUGCUUUUAUGAUCCUUCAAAAGACACCCUUGAAAAUUUAUCUAAAUUUUCUGUUGCUGCUGGAAAACGUUUUCGUAAUUAUGAAAUGGAAGAACAACAUGAACAAUUUGCGCGUAUUAAGAAAGUUCAUGUUUUUGGAUACUCAGAGCUUUCACUACGGAAUGAUAUUGCGGUUGUAUCUCUUGAUCGGCAUUUGCAGUAUUCACCUUAUGUUGAACCAGUUUGCAUAAAUUGGAGUCUGUAUUCAGAAUUUCCUUCAAAUUAUGAAAAUGUCUUAGGUCAUCUUUAUGGUUGGGGUGCAACAUCUGAUAAUAUGGAUCUACCCUUAGAAUUGCUCAAAAUAGAAUUGGAACCAAUACCAAAUGAUAUAUGUAAAGAAAUGGUUCCAAAUUUUGAAAUAACAUCUGAUGUAUUUUGUGCUAUAAAUAAAGAAAAUUCAACUGCUUGUUCUGGUGAUGGAGGGGGAGGUUUAGUGAUCGAAAAUAAAGGUGAUAACAAUCUUAUAAUUUUACUUGGAACUGUUAGUCAUACAGUUAGAAAGAAAAAUUCAUUUAAUUCUUGUUCUGAUGGAACAAUAACUAUAUUCACAGAUAUUAAAUUUUAUCAGUAUUUAAUUAAGCCUGCAAUAUCGAAAAGUAGAGAUUUAACAAAUGAAUCUUUAAUUAAUGUGAAUAUUAUGUAUGAAUAA